CGUGAAGAAGCUUUUCAGAAGUGAAACAAGCUGAUUUAGGGUUUACGUUCAGUUGCCUGAGAGAAGCUAAAGAAUGUCUACGAAAAGUAUUCUACGAGGAGGUUCUCAAGUAGAUGGUGAUGAUUUUAUUGAUGCUAUAAAAACUACAGCGAGACGAUUUCCUCUUGAAAUAGCAGUUAUCGACAAUGAAACAAAACUCACCUAUCAAGAGUUAGACGGAUAUGUCAACAGGUUAGCUCGUAGUGUAACUUCGGCCAUCAAGUCAAUGGUGUCUGGACAGAAAGAGAUUAUAUUAGCCAUCUGCAUGACCCCGUCUCGCAAGAGCCUAAUUGCUCAGCUUUCUGUUUUUAAGCUUGGUGUGGCCUAUGUACCAGUAGACCCAUGUUUUCCAGUUCAGCGGAUUCGUUUCAUCCUGAAGUGUACCCAGCCAUUUUGUGUCAUUACAGAAUCGAGUCAUACAGAGAUUAUAAAGUUACUCAGAAGUGACAAUGUUACCGUCAUCAAUGUAGAUGAUGUCCUGUUUUCAAACUCCUCAGAGUUUCCAGAAGAUGAACAGAGGCUUCACGACCAGCCUUCUCUUGCAGUUAUAAUGUUCACAUCAGGAAGCACUGGGGAACCAAAAGGAGUCCGUCUUGGUAACAGAAACCUCAACAACAGGUUUAAGUGGCAACUUCUAAACUUCCCCAUGGACUGUAACACAACGUGCUCUGCUAUAAAAAGCCUUACUUUUGUUGACUCCCUGACUGAAACAUUUCCACCACUGAUGGCUGGUAAACGUCUAGUUAUCCUUCCAAACAUUAUAACCCAGAAUCCUAAAAGUCUUCUUCAACAUCUUCAGAAACAUCAAGUCACCAGGAUAGUCGUUGUACCAACUUUGUUACAAAUGAUUCUUUGGUAUCUCAAGAUUGAACCAAGUUUCCGAGAAGACUCAACAAUAAAGUUGUGGGUAUGUAGCGGAGAAACUCUCACAAAGAAACUUCUGACAGAAUUCUUUCUAGCUUUCCCUUCUGGCAAAAUUGCUAAUUUCUAUGGAUCUACAGAAACCACCGGUGAUGUAACGUUUGCUUUAUUUGGUGGAGAACAACAAUGUUAUCAUGAUGUUGAAGAUUUAGUUCCAAUUGGCCAACCUCUAUCUAAUACUGAAAUAUAUGUAACGAACGAUUAUUUGCAGAUUGUGCCAGAAGGAACAGUAGGAGAAAUAUGUGUUAGUGGAUUGAAUGUGGCCGAGGGCUACCACGCAACGAAGAGAAAAGAUUCGGCUAGCUUUCUUCAGAAUCCGUUUUCAGACAAAUAUGACAUUGUUUAUAAGACAGGAGAUCUAGGGUUUGUUCGAAAUAACAUUUUGUAUUACGCUGGUCGGAAAGACAUGCAAGUAAAAAUUCGGGGAAUGAGAGUAAACUUGGAAGAAAUCCGAAGAGCUAUUGAAGUUAUACCAGAGAUAAAACAAGUGGCUGUUUGCUGUGAUAAUCCACAAGAUUUGGACCACAUCUUAGCUUUCUUCACUCCAAAGCAAGGCCAUGAUUUAAAAACCAGGAAUGUCCAAGAAACACUUGAACACGUUUUUCCGAACUUCAUGAUUCCUAAAAUAUUUAAAGUGGACCAGAUGCCUCUCCUGGUCAAUGGCAAAAUUGAUCAUAGUGCAUUAAAGAAAAUGAACAACAGAGAAACUAAACAUGAUGGAACUGAAUCAUUGGAAGUUGAUAAAUAUGUCAACACAAACAAAGACAUCGUGGACAUCAUAUCGUCAAUACUUGCAGUAGAUAAGCCAAUGUUGGACCUUAAUAAAUCUUUUUUUCAAAAUUGUGGAACUUCUCUAGCAGCAGUUGAAACUGUCAUAAAGCUAAAUGAAUUUGGAUACCAUGUUGAUAUAAAUGAUUUUCUUAGAGCACCGUCGUUAAGUUCUCUUGUACAAACUGUUGCUGGCUUCCAAUCAGAUGAGAGUAAGUUAAAGCAACUGAAAGUUCAAAAUAUAUCGAAUGUGACAAAUUUUGACGACGUUGCACAUGUAAUUGCAGAAUCAUUUACCAAGAAAAACCCUUUAGAUUUGUUUUUAAAAACGUCUGUCGAGGAAUAUACUGAGUUCCUGAGGCUCCUGUGGAAAGAUUUGGUGCAGCAAGAACUUUCUUUUGCUGCUGUUAACGAAACUUCUCACAUUGUUGGAGUUAUGAUCAAUUUUGACUUCUUCAACAAACCUCAAGUCGAGCCAACAGGUGGCCUUAAGGUGCUCCUGGAUCUGUUGAGACCUUUUUUGGCGAAAUGGCGAAAACGACUGAAAGAAAAUGGAAGCAGCUGGUUACAUAGCUCGUUAGUUAGUACUCAUCCAUCCUGUACUCCAGCUCAGAAUGUUGACAUCUUGUUUUUCAUGGAACGUCACGUUCUUAAAGUAGCCCGUGAAAAAGGAUUUAGUGGAGUGUUUGCUCUUAACACUAAUAAACUGACACAG